AUGAAUAAGAAAAGAUACUUUCUGGAUCCUCCAGAGAUCAAAGACUACCUGGUCAAAGGAGAAAGGUUUACCAAGUGGUCAGAGGACUCAACGAAAACCGUUCCUGUCACCAUGAAGAUGGAUCCAAAAGGGUUUUUUGUCUACUGGAUUAACCAAAGCAAGGAGACAACAUUCCUGGAUGUUGCUACCAUCAGAGAUACCAGAAUAGGAAAAUAUGCAAAACUUCCCAAACACCCAAAGGUCCGAAAUGUGUUUAAUUUGGAUUUCCCGGACAGCAACCAUCUCGCCAAAACCCUGACUAUCGUCUCGGGUCCAGACACGGUGAACCUGACCUAUCAUAACUUCUUUGCCUCAAAGGAAAAAGUGACACAGAACUGGGCGGACGACAUUCUUGCGAUCACCUACAACGCUGCAAGAAACAACGCGUGCAGGCAGGUCUUCCUGGAUAAAAUAUACGUCCGGCUUUCUCUUCAGACCAACAAAGAUGGGAAGAUCCCAGUGAAACAUAUUUACAAGAUGUUCCCUGCGGAUAAGAAGAGGGUAGAAAGUGCUUUGGCAGCAGCACAGCUCCCCAAAGGAAAGUAUGACACCAUUAAGCCUGAUGUCUUCACUGAGACUGCCUUCAGGAGCUUUAUGACACACCUCUGUCCUCGGCCUGAGAUCUAUGAGAUCUUCACUUCCUACUCCACCAAACCCACCAUGACAAAGGAGAAUUUCACCAAGUUCCUCAACGAGAAGCAGAGAGACUCUCGGCUCAAUGAGGAACUGUUUCCGCGUCUCCGGCAAGAUCAGAUCAAGGCACUGAUUGACAAGUAUGAACCCCUGUCCAAUAAUUCUAACAGAGGUUUGAUUUCUCCAGAAGGUCUUUUAUUCUACUUGAUGGGUCCAGAGACAACAGUGGUCAUGCAAGACAGUCUGGCCAAGUCUCAAGACAUGACCCAACCCAUACCUCACUACUUCGUCAAGUCGUCACACAACACAUACCUAACAGCUGGUCAGUUCUCGGGCGUGUCCUCCCCAGAGAUGUACCGCCAGUGUCUGCUCGCCGGCUGCCGCUGCCUUGAGCUGGACUGCUGGAAGGGUAAACCUCCAGAUGAAGAGCCCAUCAUUACUCACGGCUUCACCAUGACCACUGAGAUCCUGUUCAAGGACGUGAUAGAGGCUAUUGCAGAGAGCGCCUUCAAGACCUCACAGUACCCCGUUAUCCUCUCCUUCGAGAACCACGUUGACUCGGUGAAACAGCAGGAGAAGAUGGCCAACUACUGCAAAACCAUAUUUGGUGAUGCCCUGUUAACAGAGCCACUGGACAAAUACCCUCUGAAGCCGGGCCAGCAGAUCCCCAGCCCAUCUGAGCUCCUGGGUAAGAUCCUCAUCAAGAACAAGAAGGGCAGCCAUGAGAAACCGGCCCAGAAUAAGAAAACUGCCGCAGCCGCCGCUGACCAGACCGCAGCCGCAGCUACGAAUGCCCAGGCCCCGAACGCCACUUCCCAGGAUGAGGCCAACCCAGCAGCAACCACCCCGGAGAACCAAGCAGAACCGGAAGCAACUGUGGAGGAAAAUGAGGAGCAAGAAGACACAGAGGAACAGGAUGAGGAGAAAAUGAAGACAUCAGAUGAGACUGUCUACCUAAGAUAUAAUAAGAGGCAGAUGAGCAGGAUUUACCCCAAAGGAACAAGAAUGGACUCCUCCAACUACAAUCCCCAACCUUUUUGGAACGUUGGUUGCCAGAUGGUGGCGCUCAACUACCAGACGAUGGAUUUCCCCAUGCAGCUCAACAUGGCCCUGUUUGAAUUCAAUGGCCGAACGGGCUACCUCCUCAAGCACGAUGUGAUGCGUCGCAAUGACAAGAAGUUUGACCCUUUCUGUGACAGGAUUGACACCGUUGUGGCGAGCACACUGACCAUCAAGAUCUAUUCGGGGCAGUUUCUGGCUGACAAGAAUGUAAAAACAGGGGUUGAGGUGGAAGUGAUUGGGCUGCCAGGAGACCCUAAGAAGAAAUAUCGCACCAAGUGGUCCACGACACCCAACGCCAUUAAUCCAGUGUGGAAUGAAGAGCCAUUUGUUUUUGAGAAGAUCUUGCUGCCAGAAUUGGCAUCUUUAAGAAUCGUUGUCCACGAAGAGAAUGGCAAAUUCGUGGGACACAGAAUCAUCCCUCUUGAUGCCAUCCAGUCAGGCUUCCACCACAUCUGCCUGCGCAGUGAGAGCAACAUGCCCCUCACUCUGCCUGCUCUCUUUGUGUACAUUGAGGUCAAGGACUACAUCCCUGCUGCCUUUGCGGAUUUCACAGAUGCCUUAUUUAAUCCAACAAAAGGCACAGAGAAGACCACAAAGCCUCCCAAACAGUCAUCUUCUGACUAUGUGUCUCCCUAUGAGUUGCCUCUUGGAGCCCAACCUCCCGCAGAUCAAGCUAAAGAAAACGAAGCCCCUGCUGCAGAAAAAGCUGCAUCCGAACCUACACCGCCCGCUGACGCCACUGACCAGUCUCCACCAGCAGCUGGUGCAGAAGAAGCUAAAAAGGAGGAAGAAAGCAAGGCAGAGACCCCUCAAACUCUCGAUAAAGACCCAGCCGAUGCAGCACCAGACACAGGAAGCUCCACAUCUGAAACCCUUCCUGAAGCCUCUCCUUCACCCGAGGAGACCAAAGCAAGCCCGGAGCCUGAAGCGGCUCCUGAAGCCAAAGAAGAACCGAGCACCGAGUCUUGCACAAACCCCGAACCUACAUCUGAUAAAAAAGAGGAAGCCAGUGCAGCAGCAGAACCUGCUGAAGCGCCUUCUGCUGCGGCCGUUCCCUCUCCAACAGUUACAACCACCGAGUCUGCAGGAUCAGGUGACUCAUCUCAGCCGCAGACAGGCAGUGAAGAGCCUUCGACUGUGAGUACUGAAGAACUGACACAGCACAAGAGCUAUCAGAAGGUCAUCAAGCGUCAGGAGAAAGACAUAAAAGAAUUAGAAAAGAAGUAUCAGAAAAAAGGCGAGGAUCUGAUUCAGAAAUACUCCGACUCUUUCAAGGCCCUCAAGAAGAAGGUUUCAGUGAAGAAAAAAGAGGGAGGUGACAACACCCCUGAGUCCAAAGGGAAGACAGAGCGGGUGCAGGAGCUGAAGGAAAAAAUGACGUCUGAAAUAAAAACACUGUUUGCUGAGCAGUAUGAUCAGAUGAAGAAGAAGAAGGAGCAGUGUGCAACAGAGAGACUAGCCAAACUGUUGGAGAUGGCCAUGGAGAAGCACACCAUUGAACUGAAAACCCUGGAGAGCGAAACCAAAGAAAACAAGAAAAAAGCCAACAUGAAAUGUUCGUCCACAGACAAAGCAAAGCUGAAAAAGGCAAUGAGCACUGAGAUGCUGGAUGAAGCGAGUCAGUCGAAUGCUGCCUCUUCAGAUUACAGUCCACAGCAAGAGGCUCUGAUGAAGAAACAGGCUGCUACACUGGAAGAAAUCAAGACCUUGACCAAUCAGCUCAAUCAAGAGGCCCUGAAGGAGCACGAUCAGAAAACAAGAUCGCUGGCACGAGAAGUGCGAGAGGCCGUUAAUGUAUGUGUGGGGGCGCACUUCCCUGAGUUGGUCGACGAGGUCGACAAGAGUGGGGGGGGAGUGGGCUUCUAUGGAGAUGUCUUCCUAGGUUAGAUGUGCCUUUUGAUUACCUCUCUGUGUAACUCUGCUAUAAAUGUUUUGUUGUUUUUUUUUUUACUUUUAUAUCUGCUUUCAAACUGUUACAUAACCUAUAAUCAGGGUGCGGAUAUGAAAUCGUAGAAGAUUGCUUAAUGAGAGGUUCUCAGAGUGAGGUUGCAAUUUAGUUGUGCUAAUUCAUAGGUGGGUGUAUACUUUAGGGAGCUGAUAAUGAUGUUUUCACAAAUGUCCAGGUACUCCAAAAUUAGAUGAUUUUGAAAAGAUUUUUUUUAGUUUCUAUUUAACUCUUUAUUUCUGUUUCUUUUCACCAUUGAAAAAACCCCCCACCCUAAAUUAGGCGACAAAGUGACAAAUAUCUUGCAGAUGUGGGUUCUGUAGCUCUAAAAGCCUUAGAGAGGUGCUUGUGGUCUCCUUUCUGUUCUCUUAAGUUAAAAAUGGGACUAAAUGUAGAUGCAAAAAUGGGUUAUCAGAGUCUGCAGGGCUGAACGAGACAAUGGCACAUCAGUUUGCAUAUGUGAUAAGUGCUCGCUUGGACUCUGUGAUGUAGCCACUACAUAUGUUUUGCAAAAUUUAAAAAAAAAACAAAGGUAAAUUUGCUUUGUAACAAGUUUGAAGCUCCUGUGACAUCAAUUCCACGUAUACGGCACAUCCUGUAUUGCAUGUAAAGCAUGAAAGUUUGGAAAAUGUAGACGAUUGCUUAUAAUGUGGCUCAACCUAUUUUUAGUGUACUCUUUGGAUUUUCUCCUAUUCUAUUCCUGUGAUGAAUUGAUGAUUA